GACCGGGAGGCUGUCUGGAAGGAAGGGAGGAUCGGGCAGUGUGCAAGGAGGGAGACCCUGAGGAUUGUCGUAGGAGGGUCUGGGUAGCAGAGACACCAAGGCAGGCUGGCCGUGCUGUGCGGACAUGUGUCGAUAGCCACAUCGGAGGGGAAUGUUACGGUGGACAGUGCACCUGGAGGGCGGGCCCCGCAGGGUGAAUCACGCAGCGGUGUCUGUGGGGCACCGAGUGUAUUCAUUUGGAGGAUACUGCUCUGGAGAAGACUAUGAGACGUUACGCCAGAUUGACGUGCAUGUCUUCAAUGCAGUGUCUCUUCGUUGGACGAAGCUGCCCCCAAUGCGGUCCAGUGGACAGGCUGGGGAAGUGCCCUACAUGCGUUAUGGACAUUCAGCUGUCCUCAUUGACGACACUGUCUACCUGUGGGGUGGACGCAAUGACACAGAAGGAGCUUGCAAUGUGCUCUAUGGCUUUGAUAUCAACACUCACAAGUGGUUCACACCCAGGGUAUCUGGAACAGUGCCUGGGGCCCGAGAUGGACAUUCAGCCUGUGUCCUGGGCAAGAACAUGUAUGUCUUUGGGGGCUAUGAGCAACUGGCGGACUGCUUUUCCAAUGAUAUCCACAAGCUGGAUACCAGCAGCAUGACGUGGACCCUCAUUUCUGCAAAGGGCACUCCUGCACGAUGGCGGGACUUUCACUCAGCCACAAUGUUGGGCAGCCGCAUGUAUGUUUUUGGGGGUCGAGCUGACCGAUUUGGACCCUUUCACUCCAACAAUGAGAUCUAUUGUAACCGAAUACGUAUCUUUGACACAAGGGCUGAGGCCUGGUUGGAAUGUCCACCUACCCCACUAUUGCCUGAGGGCCGAAGAAGCCACUCUGCCUUUGGGUACAAUGGGGAGCUGUACAUAUUUGGUGGCUACAACGCGAGGCUGAAUCGGCAUUUUCAUGACCUCUGGAAGUUCAACCCAGUGUCCUUCUCUUGGAAGAAGAUUGAGCCUAAGGGAAAGGGGCCAUGCCCCCGCCGGCGCCAGUGCUGUUGCAUCGUGGGAGACAAGAUUGUCCUCUUUGGGGGCACUAGUCCUUCUCCUGAGGAAGGCCUAGGAGAUGAGUUUGACCUCAUGGACCACUCCGACCUACAUAUUCUAGACUUUAAUCUGGCCGCCAUGUCCUUUGAGGAGCUGUUGGAGCUUCAGAGCCGGGUGGGGACCAAAAUGUACCGACAGCUGGUGACGGGGACUCGACCUGAGGAUCAGCCGCGGAGGGCAGCCCCCACCCGUGAUCGGGGCGCCGCAGAGAAGCACAGGCCCCUGGAAAUGUCUUCGAAGACCCGAGUGCCGUUUUUGCGACAAGUUGUCCCUGUCAGAAAGAAGGUGGCUCGGGAUCCUCGGUUUGAUGAUCUGUCAGGGAAGUACAAUCCUGAAGUGUUUGAGAAGACAUACAGAUUUCUGAAUGAAUAUCGUGCAAAGGAGAAGGAGCUGGUGGCAAAGCAUCUGAAGAAGAGCAAGCCAGGAGAAGAACAGGAGAAACUGAAGCAACUACUCCAUCGAAUGGAUCAACAGGAGGCUGCUCAGCAGGAGCAGAAGCGGCAGCAAGAGCAGCGGCUGGCCCUGAAACAGGAACAGAGAGCCCAGGCCCAGCAGGGCCAUCGGCCCUACUUCUUGAAGAAAUCUGAACAAAGGCAGUUGGCGCUGGCUGAGAAAUACAAGAAGCUAAAGCGAAGCCAGAAGUUGGAGAGUUUCUUGAGCAGAAAGAGGCGCCGAAAUGCUGGAAAAGACCGAAGACGGCUGCCCCUGGGCAAGGAUUAAAGGGGGGUCUAGUCCUCUCCUGACCCCUCCCAGCUUGGCCCCUUCCUCACUAGGGCAGUGCCUCUGGAGGCAGUCCUGGAGUGAGUGUAGUGCUUUGUGGUUCUGCUCUUCUACCCUUGGUUGAGUACCUCAGGACCUGGGGCAUGGCAACAGUGGAUGGAUGUGGUCAGCCACAUUGCUGCUCUUGUCAAACUGGGGUCUCUGGGUUAUCUUUGAGGCAAAAGGAAGACAGGAAAAUACUUGAGACAGACUGGCUUAGUUUGGCUCUGUGUGGAUUUAUCAGAUCAAACUUGGCUCCCUCUUCCCUCACGGAAGGAAAUGCCUUUUUAGGGGGCAGCUUUGGUGUAGAAGGAAGAACCAUUGUUAGAGGCUGUGAGUACCCUGGAGGCCAUACCUUGUUUCCUGGGCCAGGCUUAAGAGAAGGCUCAUGAACUGUUCCUGCACUUGGUGCUAGGGUACUGUAAACACUUCUAUAAACAUUUGAUUACAUCUUU